AUGGAUUAUUCAGCUUACAACCUCAACCAACCACAACAACAUCCUCAAUCCUAUUACGAAUACGAUCCAUCUCAGAUUCAUGCUCAACCCUACGAUCAAUCUUACGCUGCUGCUGCAGCAUAUCAACCGUCAUAUUACGCUGCUUAUAAUCAACAAUACGCUUAUUAUCCAACUGAUACUACAACGCAUCUUCAUCAUCAACAAGCUCAUGGUUAUUAUCAAACUGAACCCGCUCCGGUUCACCCUCCCGGUGUUAACCCUGAACCGGUUCAACCCAAUCUAACGAUUGGGUCAUCAUCUCAAUACAGAGGUAGGGGUGGUAGAUCAUUCAGGCGGGGUGGUCGAGGUCGAGGUCAGUUCGGUCAUGGAAGAGGACGUGGAGUGAGUGGUGGGAGACACUUUCCGUCUCAUUCUUCUGGACCUGCUAUUUCUGAUGUACCUGGUUCAUCAUCAGUCUCAGCUCAAGUGCAAACUGCAUCGGUGCAACCGCCACCGCGUGGGGUAUUCUGUGAUAUGUGCAAGAUUGAGUGCAAUACCCCAGAAGUCAUGGAGCUUCAUCUGAAAGGAAAAAAGCAUCUGAAGAAUAUCAGAGUACAUGAAGCAAAACAGAGACAUGGGGGUAUUAAUGCACCACAAAGUGGACAGAUUCCUACCUCUCAGUUGAACUCAACUGAUCAACCUAUUAUAGCUCAGGAGUCUCAAGACCCCGGCAAAAAUAUUAGUUCUGAAAUUGCAACUGAUAGUCAGAAGGGUGACAUAAUUUCACAGAAUAAUGUAGGAGAGACUUCUGAUGUUCCAGCUGAAGAAAAUUCUGGUGCAAGAGGCCGUGGAUUGAAGCGUAAAUUAAGAGGAGGAAAAGCACGUAAACAGACGAGGACUGCCGAUGGCUCACAAUCUGAGCCAGCUGUAGCCAUUACAUGUGAGUUGUGCAAUGUUAAAUGCGACACUCAACGUGUUUACCAGGCUCAUAUUACUGGGAAAAAGCACUUGAAGCGUGCCUAUGGUCCCCAAGCUCCGGCCGGAUUAGUACGUAACCAAGCUUUGGUUGGAGUAGCUAACCAAACUUUGUCCGAAGUAGGUUCCCAAGCUUUGGCUGGAGUAGCUGGACUUCAAGCACUUUACCCACCUGACAUCAACGCCCUAGCCACUGCAAUUAAUGCUCAAGUUCAACAAGGUGAUAAUGAUCCACAGGUACUUCUGGCUCAGCUCCUGGUGAAUGCACUAUCUCAAGCACAAGGAUCAGGAGCAGCACCACCGAAUGGCUCAUUGGCUGCUCAGACACCAACACCCACAUCAGUGGCAGGUUCAAGUUAUGAUCCCCAGUUGGCGCAGAUACAAGUUUCAGAAAUUGCAGCACAUGAAAAUCCUACAGGUGAAUCAAAAAAUGAGACGCCUACUGCCCCACUUGAGUCAAAUGCACAGGAAGGUUCAAAUGUUGGCACACAAAUUGAAGGCGGAAGUUCUGAAACUAAAUAG